AUGAGAGGGAGCGACACCUGCUUGACCCCCGGGGGAAAUAACCUCGCUGGUGUGAUGCUGUUUGAAGAUUCUUCUAGAUUCUCCUCGGAUUCCGCCAUUAUGGUGGCGACCACACAGGAAGAGGACCCGGAAGUCAUCUCACCUGCUACCGCGUUCUUUUCGGAAGUGUCCCGUAUUUCCCCAACUCCGAAAAAAAAAAAUCAUCCCCGGGAUUUUAUUCUCUCCAGAUCCUAAUUAAAUUAUUCGUCGUCGCGAGAAGACGGGAAAUGAGGAAAAAGAAGCUCGGCGGAGAGGAGAAAAAAAAACAAAACAAGGCAAUGCGUAUGAAAACGGGGAAGAAACAUUUUAUGAGUGUGUAAAUGGUUUGUCAGGCUUAUUUUAAUCUUUUUUUCUUGAAAAUAAAAACAAAUUUCGCGAAAGAAGAAUUUCUUUUUAGCGCAUCUCAAUUAUUAGACAUCGGGGUGGAAUUUCUUAUCGCAGGAGAAUCUCGGUACAUCUCCUGAUUGUGUGAUGACAAACUCCCCAGGGUUUUAUUUCUUAACUUUGCUUCGAAUUUCGGAAAACAAAAAGAAAAGAUUUUUUUCUUUCCACCAUUUUAUCCGCGUACAUUCCGGAAAAAAAAUUUGCUCCUUGUCGGAAAUCCGAGUAUUUUCUCGCAGGCGCGUUUUCUUUUUUUUUUUUUCUGUUGACGUCGUCCUAGCAGCAAGUCAUCCCAUUGUAUUCAGACAAAAAAGAACGCGGGGAAAAAAUGAGAAGAAAAUCUUGGGUCAAGCUUUAAAGGCUGAAACGUUAACGACGGACACUCGAGAAGCAUCAGCUGAUGCUUCUCCAGGACCCGAGUUCUCGAUGUAUUGUUCCUUUUUUUUGCUUUGUUGAAAAAAAAAGUGUUGAAUGUCGGUUUUCCUCUUGAUAUUAAAACCUCGGAUCAAAUCGGUGUUACUGAACCAAGUAUCCGUCCAGAAUGUGAAAGACAAAAAAA